GUGGCCGUCAGUGUGUCGCUGGCAGCUGGUGGGGGAGGGUGUGCCGCGCUACCUGUCCGCUGUGUCAGACUCCCCUCGCAUUCGUGCGGGAAAGUUUGUGGAAAAGUUAACUAGUGGGUUGGAAGGUGUGGUGCUGAAGGGUGCUUAGGUGUGUGUUACCUGCAGGUGUGUGCGUGUGUGUGUUUGUUUUCGCGUGGACUACACCUGUUUGGGCUCAAGACAGAUCGUUAUAAUCGGCGCUCCUAAGACACACACUGGUGCCAAGUGUGAGGGGCAGAGAGAAAGAGAGAGAGAAAGAGAGAGAGAAGAGACAUUUGUGCAUUGUCCAUAUCAAUCAAGGGCCCCGGAUGGUGACCUGCCACGUCGGAGGGGGUAGGGGCCCCCUGAACCCCCUGGUGCCCCGGGCGUCCCCUGGGGCACCCCUGAGAGAGUCACGGCGGCAGCAGCAGCAUGAUAUCACCGACGGAUGUAGGCUGGACAGGGUGACAUCACGACACCUCACUGUAACAUCACCACCACCAUGACCCAACGGCGGCGCCCUUAAGGUGGUGCGUGGACCUGCUGGGGAGGGCGGGAGGGGGCAGACACCACACCACCACAUCACCAGUAACAGGCACAAGGACACAAGGGCACCAGAACACAGGGGCACAAGGGGCACGAAUAGGCUGUGGUGACCUAACCCGCCACCACUAGCCGCCCACCACCGCCGCCGCCACCGCCGCCAUGCCCAACAUGAACCUGAAGAAGCUGUGGCGGAAGAAGACAGUCACCCUGACGGAGUAUGACCCCACGUACAAGGUGGUGUACCUGGGGAACGUGCUCACUGGAUGGGCCAAAGGGGAAGGGUGCGUGGACAAGCCGCUGGCAACACUGUGGAGGAACUAUUGCCAGAGUAACCGCCAGGAUAUUGCCAUGAAGGUAACCAUCUGCGGCGCGGGGCUGCGGGCCGUGACGCGGGAGCACGGCCUGACGGAGUAUUGGGCGCACCGAGUCACGUACUGCGCCGCGCACCCCGCCUACCCCAGAGUGUUCUGCUGGGUGUACCGCCACGAGGGACGCAGACUCAAGCAGGAGCUUAGAUGCCACGCCGUGUUGUGCCCCAAGAACGCCAAGGCCGAGGCCAUGGCGACGCAGCUGCGGGUGCGCCUGGCCACAGCCCUACAGGAAUUCCGGCGGGAGAAGGUAGUGCGGCAGAACGCGCGGCUGUCCCUGAUGCACGCCCUCUAUGACUCGGCCUCCAUCCCGCGCCGCAAGCUGCUGCUGUCCACUGGGGGCUCCAACUACCGCCCGCCGUUGGAGAGGUCAAAGAGCGCCCCCAAGCUAGGCGCCAUCGAGGAGACCAUAGAGGAGGAGGAGGAGGAAGAGGAUGAGGUGCAGAGUGACGAUGGCGAGGCGCCCUCGGUCCACCUGCAGCCCGGCGAGGACGUGGGCGGCUCCAGCACUGUGUCGGACACCACCUCGGACAUCCUGGUGGACUAUGACUCGGGGAGCGAGGCGGCCAGCGGCGGGAAGGAUACGUGUAUGCUGGACGAGGAGGACGUGGAGGAGGCGCUGCAGGAGGCGUUGCAGGAGGGAAGCAGCAGCGGCAGGCUGGAGCACCAGGUUCCGUCGUCUGCCUCGCCUUGUUUCGCCUCCCCGGACCUGAUGUACUGCCCCGCGCCGCCCCUGCCGCCCCUAGAGCACCUAGAGGCCGUGGAGGAGGCAGGGGACGAGGACGAGGGGCGCUGCGGCAGCGACACUCACGAGGAGGAGGACGCAGAGGCAGACGGCGGGGAUCUGGGCCUGCUGGCGUCCCUGGCCCGUGACCUCACCCUGGCGGCGCCCGGGGAGGAGUCCCUCACUUCUGACCAGCCGGAAUCCCUGGGGUCCCACUGUGACUCCUGCGGCUCGUCGUGUGGGGCGUGUGAAGUCGGGGGGGGAGCAAGAAGACCCCCGCCUGGACCACCACCACCACCACAUCCUGGAGGAGGCGGGGGAGGGGCGGGGCAAGAUGGCGCGGCUGGAAGGGGACAACAUCAGCGAGGAGAGCGGCUACUCCGAGGACAAGGACUCGCUGCAAAACCUGUAGUGCGUCAGGCCGCGGCGACCCGGCCUGGCGAGGGACGCUCUGUGUCGUGCCCUGUGUGUGUGUGUGUGUGUGUGUGUGUGUGUGUGUGUGUGUGUGUGUGUGUGUGUGUAGGAUGCCUGGUAGGACUCACACCACCAUGUGUUCCCGAAACCGGUGUGGCGCGUGUGGCCCUCAGCGUGGCCUGAUGGGUGUGGCCAGUGCCUCUCAGACUGUGACCCCGACGUGCACAGUUGUUGUUGUUUGCUCCCUUGUUAGACGCGGCAUCCUUGUUAAGGACCCGACCCUCCCUUGUUACUAGUCUUAGGGCCUCCCCGCGCCCCUCCCAGGACUGAGGGCGGCGGCGGGGGCAAAGCGAGGCUAACCCAAGCAACCCAAGCAUGCAAGCGUUAACCAGACCAGCGGCGGGGUGGUGGGGCCGCCUGCCGCUGCCCGGGGGCGUGCGUGCGUGGCGGCCCUCUCACCACCUCUGCAGAACACACCAGGAGAGAAAGAGAAUCAAAAUACCUGAAGCCUCACCUGUUGAUGUUGAAUUGAGUUAUACCUUUGUUACCGGGGCGUUGUUAGUGUGUGGGCGUGAGUGGCGGGGGCAGCACAGUGCCUUGCCGCCCAUUCCCCGCGUGUGGGCGCGGCUCAGCUGGCGGGGGUGACUGCGUGUGUGUCUGAAGGACAGAUUACCGUAGCGCACCACAGUUAUGGUAAAUCUGCAUUUCACGGCGCCCUUCAUUCCUCUCCUGCAGCAGGGACUUCGGGGCGGCAAGGUGAUGGUGACGCCAUUAGCGCCCCUCCGCAAGUCCCUGCCAGCCUUCAUGAACCAGUGUUGCUCUUCUCUCCCUGUCCCAUCACCUGUACCCCGGGGAGCGUGUUCUAAAACGUCCCGGCGUCUCAUCCUGGCAGCUUUCAACAGGCUCUGGUGGGAGUUGGAAUUUUCAAGGGUGUUCUCAUGACUCUAUUGGUAAUUUGACAAGGAUUCAUCGCCUUUAACGGUCUCCAGUGGAAGUUUUCAUGUUUUCAAGAGAGUUUUCAUGAUGCCAUUGACAAUCUUACACUUUUAACAGACUCUAGUGUAUAUUAUUUGGGUUUUCUAGAGUUUUGUGAUGCCAAUGACGGCUUGAUAAAAAAAAAAAAUAUUUUUAACUGACUGUAGUGAAAGUUAUUGGAGUUUUCAAGUUUUUUUUUGGGGGGGAGGGAGGGGUAAUCUAAAAAAAAGACCACCAAUUAAUUUAAACACCCAUGAGAACCUGACUAACCAUCUGUGGCCUUUGAAAAAAAAAAAAAAAAAGUCCUGAUGAGAGGUUGAAGCAUUUAAGAAUACGGCCCUCAGUACUUCUCCAAACUUUUCCGUACAUUCUCCCCCAAGCACUGCAAGGGCUCACCAACGCCCUCUGUGCCACAAGCUACCCGUGGGCCUGCCUCUAGCCCUCCGCCACCAAUAGAGGACACUGUAGUCUACCCUCUCUGACCUGCCAAAUAUUCCUCAAGGUCACUACUGAAGAACUCUCGCUCCCAAGAUGUACUUUUUUCCUUUACCUAAACAUAUUUGUGGCCUAAGAGAGAGAGAGAGAGAGAGAGAGAGCGUGCGUGCGUGCGUCAUGUAUUCUCGCUCUUGUCUCUAAACCCACGCCUCUUCAGCCCCACUAAAAAAGAAAACGAAGUCAAAUAGAAAAGCAGACUAAACUAAACUCAUUCUCGUGUUUAUGAGAAAGAUGUAGCUUAAUCAAUUCAAAGCUCAGACUCGCCGUUGUGUUACUAGCGAUACAGAAUAUAUUAGAAAGAUGUAAUGAUGGAAGCAAAACGUACAUAGGAUAUUAUUAUUAUUAUUAUUAUUAUUAUUAUUAUUAUUAUUAUUAUUAUUAUUAUUAUUAUUAUUAUUGUUGUUGUUGUUGUUUGUGUGUGUGUGUGUGUGUGUGUGUGUGUGUGUGUGUGAAACGUCCGCUGUGACUAUUGUGCCUCAUUAUGCUGUAGUAUUGUAACCUUUCCUACUCCUCCUCCUCCUCCUCCUCCUCGUCGUAUUUUUUCUCUUGUUUUCCUUUAUGCUGUUUAUUUCCCCUUGUUAUUCUACCACAUUUUUCUUGUUCUUGUUCUUCUUGUUCUUCUUUUUUCUUGUUCUUCCCGACGGCUUAUGAUCCCAGUGUUGCAGCGCCUUAAAUCAAUCAGUCAGUCAGUCAUCAGUCAGUUAAUUAAUUAGCCAACCCUUCCCUCCUCCUCCUCCUCCUCCUUCUUCUUCUCCUACUACUACUACUCUAUUACUCAGUAAACACGUACUAUUAUAGCGUUCAGUAAUUAUAAUGAGAGAGAGAGAGAGAGAGAGAGAGAGAGAGAGAGAGAGAGAGAGAGAGAGAGAGAGAGAGAGAGAGAGAGAGAGUUUCCUUCCUUCACAAAUCACUUAAAAUGUUAGUAUAUAUACACGCAACUGUAGGCAUGUUUCCCUUUUUCUUAUUUAUAAUUCGUAUCAAAGCACGGAGGUCUUUUGAAUGAAGCCAAGGUAAAGGUCACAAUGUUAUAAAAUUUUAAGUGUUUCCAGAGAUUGAUUGUGUUGUGGCUAUUUUUUUUUUUUUUUUUUUUUUUUACCACUUCAUUUUUUUCAUUCUUUCCUUUCUUUUUUUUCUUUUUUUUCCCGGUUAGGAUCAUUUUAAAAACUGUUGGACUGAAAGUUUAUAGAAAAGAAAUAAACGGAUCAAAUUGUAUAAAAAAGAACUGUGUUGGAAAGAAAACAACAAAACAAACGAAGGAGAACAUGGAAACUUUUUAAAUUUGAAUGUACGAUAAUUUGUCUCAAGUACGAUAGACUGCGUUAAAUUAUAUAUAUAUAUAUAUAUAUAUAUAUAUAUAUAUAUAUAUAUAUAUAUAUAUAUAUAUAUAUAUAUAUAUAUAUAUAUAUAUAUAUAUAUAUAUAUAUAUAUAUUACAGUUAAGCUGUGUAAGUAUGAGGGAGGGAUGAAAAUAAUGUCAUAAAUGUUGCUUUAAUUUAUUCUCUCGCCAAAAAAAUAAUAAUGAUUAAAAAAAAAGCCGCCUUAUGUAAAAAUACAACUAGAGGAUAAAAUAGGAAAAGCAUGUAUAUUUUAUUUCAAGUUUAUUAGGAGCUUAAACGUGACGUGAUGGAUGUAAUGAAAAAAUAAAUAAAUACAGGAAAUGAUACAAAAAAUACAGGCCGGAAGAAAAAAAAUAAUAAAUUGCCAAUAUAAUAAAAUACGUAAAUAAGAUAAAAUAGAAUAUAACAACUAUUUAUUGUAGGAAAUAUUAGAGACAGACAGACGAACAAACUUUAGCAUUGCAUUAUCUGUUGUGUGCGCGUGUGUUGAGAGAAAAGUAAUAGUAAUAAGAAAAUAAAUACAACUUCCAAGUAAUGCAGCUAUGUAUAUGUGUGUGUGUGUGUGUGUGUGUGUGUGUGUGUGUGUACAUAAGUCUGGUGCACGUGUCCAAGGCAAUGUCAGGGAUGUACAUAAGAAUUGUAAUUUUGUAUCAUAUAAGCAGAUCAUCUUCCAGCAUUACCAAAUAUACUGUACCAUUAUUAUUAUCC